AUGGGUCGAUCACAGAUGACAAAUAAUGGAAAUGAAUAAAACCCACCAUCCAUACAUAUCAGAAAUUUUAAGGUUGAGAAUUAUAGGUUUAAGCUGAAACUUUCAGUUAUAGAAAUACAUGUUAUUUUGUUAGGAUCUAAAAAAGAGUAAAUUGUAAUUUUUAUUUGACAGUGAAUGA